AUUAGUGCAAAUGCUGGUUUGCAAUUUCAAUGCGAUUUUUGAAGACUGUGUGGUGUCUCAGCCUUGCCGAAGAAAAUUCUAAGCAUUGCCCAAGGUUUUUUUCUUUUCUGUUAGUUUGGUGCAGAGUUUUGGAGUGGUAAAGGGACUUAUUUUUAUCGUCAAAAAGUGACCCAAGAAUUGGCAGGUUUCUUACGGACAGGCGGUCCCGUUAAUAAGAUAACAUGCCGAGGAAAUUGCCCUCCCCCUAGAGAUUAGUCAAUCGAUGCUAAUGAUUGGACCACUUUUCAACGACGGGUGAUUACCGCCCCAUUAUUCCGCAAUUGGCUGUUGGAUAAGUCGGACGCCUCCCCUUCGGAGCGGCUCUCCAGCUGCGCGGUGAUUGCCGGAAAAUUGCCGGGAAAUUGCGCUCCCUGCGCAGACCGUCUAGCUCCACAAAUUGGUAUUGACGUUCGAGUUAACCUUGCACGCCACACCGUCGAUCGGGGACCAUAGAACCAUUUCCGGGGGUUGUUUCCCUUGACAAAGGCGGUCAAUGGUAAUCGUCUUCAGAGGGGCGAACGUUGGCAAAACUAUCGGCAAGUCCCUAGAGGUCAGUCAGUGCACUGUUUUUUUUUCUUGGUGGAUAGUUUGGGCGCAACUUGGGCGCUUUUCUGCGUCGUAGCGAGCAGACGAUAAUCCUCACAUCUUCCGUUGGACCGUACUGUAGAGCGCAAGACGUUGUUUGGGAAAUGUCCAGUAAAGUAAUCAAAUUGUGCGCGGUAAGGCGCCCAAAGAGUUCCUCAUUGACGGAGUACUGUGUGCAGACGUAAAACCGCAACCAAUAAAACCAGUAAAAAAGUACACGGGGUUUUCAAUUAUCGUGUGGGACUGUCAUCCGACGUUUACGACCGAUGUGGAAAUCUACCGAUGAAAUAGAAUUAUGAAGUCUGUUGUAUCACUUCUGUUGCUGUGGAUGUUUCUCCUACUCGUGGUUUCUGCACAAGAUCCUGAGUGUUGCCACAGUGUACGGAGCCAUCCGGCAUGUCAAGAAUCGUGUGACCAGAUGGCCUUAGAAGCAUCAGCUGCUGGAAGGCGACAGCAUUUGUCCAACUUGCGAAACAACUGCCCCAUGACAUUGACAACUUUUUGGCAGUGUGUCAACACGUCAGCACCAGAUAUUUGGCAGGAGGACACAGGGUGGGCAGGACGACUGUGCUGCAUCCGUGCUCGAGCUGGUCAGUGCCACGCUGCAUGCAUGCAAGCAAGUUCUUUCUCAGAAGCAUCGUCAACCUGUUUGAGACACGAAGAGCCUUCAUUGUUCCAGUGCUUGGACAGAUUUGAGAAGAAGGAGCAUUGUUGCCGGCAUGCCUCAGUGGUCAGCCAGUGUCAUCAAAAAUGCGAGGCGGUCUUCGAUGCCAUGACACCCACCGACGAGAUGUCGCUGGACGUCUCUAUAUACUGUCGGGAUGUCAGUCGAACGGUCAUCCAGUGUGUCGAGAACUACACCUCGGUGGCCAUUCCGGCCAGAGACCCAAGAGACAGUCUACAUUGCUGUGAGCAUUCGCAGAGCGCUGCCUGCAAGGAGACCUGCCGACGCGUCCACACCAACCUGACCUCAGAACCCGAGAUCAUUGAUUCCUUGCUUGCUGGAUGUGGAGGCACCAUCCAGCCACAUGUUGGCAUGUGGAAUUGCUUCCUUCUCAAUUCAGGAUCUCACAUUGCGCCAGACAACCCUAUACCCAACCUGAGUGCAUUGGACGGGGCCAAGCUACAGUGCUGCAGUAGAGCCGUCAGUGCAAGGUGUAGAGAAAUAUGUGUCAAGCUGUACAGCACCUCCUGGGCUACCAAGCAGAGUUGGAAUGACUUCGACGAGCACUGCCAGUAUCAACCCAUGGAGGUCUCGCUACUCACGUGCCUAGCAGAUGUUCAAGAGCCAUGCCAGCCAGGUUGCAGUGGGCUGACGUACUGCACCAACUUUAACGACAGACCCACGGACCUGUUCCGGAGCUGCUCGGCCCGGUCAGACACCGGUGCGGCCAGCGACAUGCAGCUGUGGAGCGAGGGUUUGAUCCGCAUGCCGUUCAUGGACAUCCCCGUGUUGGACAUCGACGAGUGCGAGUCUGAGAUGUGGAAGGCUAUCGCGUGCACCCUGCAAGUCAAGCCGUGCCAUCCAGAGUCGCACGUCAAUAUGAUAUGCAAGGCUGAUUGCAUCCACAUCUUAAGUCAGUGCAUUGACCAGUCUCGCCUGGCCAAGGGUCUGACGGCACAGGGCUUGUGCAACAUCCUGUCCCCGCUGGACGGCCACGCACCUUGCAUUCCUCUUAGUGAAUACCUCAAUCUCGAACCACGAGAGACCAAGAAAAGCGAGACCACAGUCCCCUGCCACAGCGACCCCUGUAACAAUGAAACCACCGGUUUCAGUGGGGUCUGCUCCAUCAACCGUGGCCUGUGCGGCUAUGGUGAGAUGUGCACCCAGGCCAAGUGCACCCCGGGCUGUAGACUCGGCGACGCCUCAACGUUCCUGGUGACGCGCGGAAGCAACGUGCGCUUACCGGACUCGGCUGAUAAUUUGGAUUGCUACAAGGCAUGUACUUGCAGCUCUAAUGGGAUGUUGGAACACUGUCAGCCGCUGCAGUGUGAGAGCAAGGAAUUCUGUACCCACGACGGAGAGAGAAAAGAGCACGGAAGCCACUACAAGAUCAACUGCAACGAAUGCGUGUGCUUCAACGGCGUCGAGACCUGCUCCAGGAGAGACUGCCCUGUUAGUCUCAACGUCCAACUGGACGCCAGCCAGCAGUACACCACACUGCCGUGCGAAUGCACGGACCAGUAUGUGCCUGUCUGUGGGGCUAACGGACGCACGUACCCAAGUGCCUGCACAGCUAAGUGUGCAGCUGAUUUGGAGGACCAUCAGUUUGAGUUUGGGACAUGCGACUCCCUCAGCAACCCCUGUGCGGACAACCCAUGCCCAGCUAAUGAAAGGUGUGUCACCAGACGUCAGGUGUGCAUUAGUAUCAACUAUGCAGACUGUCCGCAGUAUGAGUGCAUCGUACCAAGUCAUCACUGUAGCAAGGAAGCCAGGGCCCCAUCGUGUGAUACCGACGGUAGAGAACACUCUAACUUAUGCAGUUUGCACAAGCGAGGCAAGACACUAGACUACCUGGGUCCGUGCCAGGCGAGGUGUAAUGCAGUCAACAGACGUCAGGUGUGUGGUCAGGAUGGGGAGACGUAUCCCAGCGAAUGUGCAGCAUGGAGUAACAGGGCUAUCAUUGACUACUAUGGACCUUGUGUGGCUGUGGGAAAGCGAACAGAGAACGAGACUGCCCCGCAGUGUUCGUCGGUGAAAUGUCCGGAUACAUCUGUACCACACUGCAUAGGGGUGACACCCCCUGGAGCAUGCUGCCCUGUUUGUGCCGCCUACACCAGGAUACUCUACAGUAAGGACGAGGCCGACAGGGCAGCAGCUGCCUUUGGCAACAAGGCAGUAUCAGUUGCCGAAGUCUUAAAGGGUCUCAGGACACUCAUUGCUGUGGCCGAGUGUGAUCUGUACGGCUACCUUAGUAUUGAAGGGGACAUUGUUAUCUCUGUGAUGUCUACAAUUGCAAUACCAAGUGAAACGCAGAUCACUGCCUGCAACAAAGAGGCUGAGAAAAUCGGUGCGCUGGUCAACACCCGUAGCCCCAUGGUAGUAUCCUAUAUGUACCUGUCGCCUCUACUAGGCGCUAGUACUACAAUGGUAACAACUCAAACGGUUACAACAGGUGCGGCGCAGAGAAUAUCCAGCAGUGUUCUUGUACUAUUACUGUGUAAUAUCGUGGUAAUAGUAUUACAAAGGUUUUCAAGUCGAAACAGGUGACGCCAUGUGUAUAGCGUGUAAUAAAAUGUAUACAGUGUACAGAAUGAAAUAGGAUAUGUUUAUAUAUGUUUUAUGCUAUGUGUAUAUAUUUGUAUAUAUGUACUCUUCAUAGACUGAAUAUGUUUUUCGAAAAAAUAUUAUGAUUUGUGAAAUAUUAAUGCUAUUUAUUAUGUACGUCUUAUAUUAAGGUUUGCAUCAUGUCUGAACUUUGUUGUUGUCUACGAGUGAAUUAUCAUGAAAUGCCAUGCUAUAUAUUGGACUGGGAGGGAAAUAUGUUUUUCUGAGACUUUUGUAAGAGUAUUCAACAACAAUUUGAAGAAAAAUUGAAAAUGGAACUUCUUGAAAUGGAUAAGAUAUGCGAUUUUGUCUUGAGCUUUCCGGUGAGUAUUGAAAAAUGCAAGUUUAGACAUUUUCCCUGAUUUUUAUGCAAUAGGCAAAAUUGGAAUUUUUGAGAAUUCUUAUGCCCAAUUUUAAUAAAAAUGUACAUGUAAGGUUAACCCUUUC